GGCUGAUUUACCUUUUGGGCCGUUGUUGUUAGUCUGCCAUCGAGUACCGAAUUCGAGGCUAAGGAAAGAGUUCUGCACAAAUACCGGCCUCCAUCUCGUUUAUCCUGUCCACCUUUCAACAUCUCGAUCACUCUAGAUCUCGCCGUCCGCUCGUUACAGAAGCACUUUGUCUCGUUCUUUUACCCUCCAUUCAUCCUCCACUGCCUCUCUUCACUCCCUUGCGCUAGCACUAAACAUCAAUCAUGCACGCUUCCACUAUCCUCUACGGGCUCGUUUUCCUGCAGGGCGCCAUGGCGUCUCCGGUUGGUAACGUAGCUGCUGCUGACGUUGAACCUCGGGCCACCGAGCCUGAAGGCCUUGAAACUCGAGAUAUCGAGCGUAGGGCCCCGGCUCUUGGGGACAUGCCCUUCCCAGCCUUCCCAUCCCUCAAAAAAAAAGGCCAGAGCGGUGGCAGCAAAGAUUGCUCGUCGAAUGACCAGACAGCGGUCUGCUCUUCGGGAAGCGCAUACUGCUGUAGCCCUGAUGGAAACGGUGGUACCAAGUGUGCUAUCUCGGACUCUUGCAACACCGAUUCAAAGAUCAUUUGCUGCAACAAUAACAGCGGGUAUCAAAUGUGCAUUGGUGAGAUCGACUUUAACAUGCCCGUCACCAUCAAUAUCAACAUCUACAAGGGCGGGAAGGGCAAGAAUGGCGGGAAGUAGAAGCCUUGUUCGUGUUGUCUGGAAGGCGAUGCCUCAAUAUAAAACCGG